AUGUGGCCACUGACAGCCCUUCUGCUCCUGGUUCCAAGCAGCGGGCAAGCUGCCACUCUGGAGAAGCCCAUAUUGUCUCUACACCCACCCUGGACCACAAUCUUCAAGGGGGAGCGGGUGACCCUGCGAUGUGAUGGGUACCACCCUCUGCUCCUGGAGCUCCGGCCCAUCAGCACUCUCUGGUACUUGGGCCACCUACUUCUGCCCUCUCACAAGAAGAGCAUCGAGGUGCAGACGCCAGGGGUGUAUCGAUGCCAGACACGGGGAGCACCUGUCAGUGACCCCAUCCACCUCUCUGUUUCCAACGACUGGCUGAUCCUGCAAGUGCCCUACGCUGCGGUGUUCGAGGGCGAGCCGCUGGUCCUGCGCUGCCGCGGCUGGUACGACAAGCCGGUCUACAAGCUGCACUACUACCACGAGGGCCGGGCGGUGCGCUACUUCCACGCGAGCGCCAACUACUCGGUGCCGCAGGCGCGCGCGGGCGACAGCGGGCGCUACCAGUGCUCCGGCACCAUGCGCAUCCCGGUGGAGAGCGCGCCCAUGUUCUCCGCCAAGGUGGCCGUGACCGUGCAAGAGCUGUUCCCCGCGCCGGUGUUGACGGUGACCGGCCGGGCGGAGCCCCGCGGCGGGGUGGCCGUGCGCUGCGAGACUCGCCUGCACCCGCACAGGCGCGACACGCCGCUGCAGUUCGCCUUCUACAAGUACAGUCGCCCCGUGCGCCGCUUCGACUGGGGCGCCGAGUACACGGUCCCCGAGCCCGAGGUCGACGAGCUCGAGUCCUACUGGUGCGAGGCCGCGACCGCCACGCGGAGCGUCCGGAAACGCAGCCCUUGGCUGCAGCUCGCGGGGCGCGGGUCCGCGCUGCCCUCGGCGUCCAGCACCGCCCAGGCUCCCCGGGCCGCAGCGUUGGCGCCGGGCGGCCAUCCGCUGUCCUUCAGGAAGCCCCCGGUGUCCAGAUCGGCCCCGUCGGUCACCUCCGUCCCCAACGCCACGUCGCCGGGGCUGCAGGGCCCCGCGGGCAGAGCCCCUACGGCGGGGCCACCAGCCUGCGCCCCGCCGGCGCCCUCGGAACCGCCCGCUGGAGCCCUGAAACCCGACGUGGACCUUCUGCUGCAAGAAAUGCAGCUGCUCAAGGGCCUUCUGAGCCGCGUGGUCCUGGAAUUGAAGGAGCCGCCGGCCUUCCCAGAGCCCAGGGCAACGCUCCAGACCCCCGCCCUCCGCUUCGCUGCGAGCCCGGGAGUCCCCGAGACCACCGCGGUGGAGAGCUGAGGCCCGGGCGCCCCCCUCCAGGCUCCCGCCCCUGCGUCUCCCGGCUUCCCACCCGCGGGGACCUGGCCAGGCCUCUCU